CACCAUCCAUUUUCUUCAUCUUGUUUCUUCAGUACAAAAGAAAAAAAAAAGUUAUCAUACAAAGAUGUGUAACAACAUGACUUGGAGCCCAUCUCAUCCCAUCUUAGUUUCUUCAAAGAGAAGGCAUAGAUCAAAACAAAGUAAAGUUCAAAUCUACAGGCUUUCCAGGAAAAGGUGUGAAGAAGAAGAUGUGAAGAAAGACAUGGAACUAAUGAACUUGAAGCUGUAUUUGGAGAAUCGAAGCAUUAUAGAAGAGAAUGAGAAGUUAAGGGAGAGAGCUAAUCUUCUACAUCAAGAGAACUUGGCUUUAAUGUCUGAGCUUCAGAACAAGGUUCCUCAUUUGGAUCGUUUUUCCACUACCCUUUUGGUUCUUCUGCAAAAACACUGAUAUGAGGUUUCAAGAAACAACAAUCCGAACCCUCUUCUCUAUCUACUAUAUAUAUACCCUUUUAGUCUCUUUAAAGCUUCCUUUGCCUUUUCUUUGAUGAUGUCUGUUAGCAAUCUGGAAAAUUGUAGCAUAUGACGUUUUGUUUUAACUUCUAAUUAAGAUAAAUUAAAUGAUGGGAUUUGAAAAGUUUCACAAAAAA